AUGGCAAAUGGAGGAGAUGUCGAACAGAUUGGGGCAGAUAUGUUGAACUUCAUCAACAUCGUGGAUAAAGUCGCAGGAGGUUCGAAGAACCUCAAAGGAACGUUUGUGAAACAGCUCAAAUUGAGUACGAACGGGCUGAGAGCUGCGACAGUUGCACUCUCCUCAAAGGCCACAACGCCGGAGGCCAGAAGAGACAAGGCCAAGAUAGACGAGCUCAGGGAAAAAAUUAAGUCCCUCGAGAACAAAGUCUCUGAGCUCACUCUAAAACUGCAAACGCAGGAGAAGAAGAGGGAAGGCCGAUCACGCUCACGUAAGACAGAUAAGACCUACCCAGAAGAGAUAGAAAUUGGGGACGAGAUGACGGUAGACCCCCCAAUACAGGGGACAUCCAGGGAGGCCAACAACACGGCGCCGGAGGAAGAAGAGUUCCCGGUCCUUAGGCCCAAGGUAAGAGGGGCCAGGAAGCGCCUGGAAGAGCCACCACUAGAAGUGGCUAUGGAGAACGUGAGGCGCGUAAUGGAAGGCGUCUCCAUUAAGGCGAGCAACCUCGAAAAUCUGGCAGCGAGAUGCACGGGCGCUAUGGCAGGAUUACCAGGCCCAGGCAAUGCCAAGGACUCGAGUAGAGGCAAAUCGCUGGUACCGGAAAGGACUCCGACUGGCAAAGAGAGGAAGUUGCCGACCAUCACGAGUAUGACGGUGGUCAAGGAGGCAACGAGAGGAAAGACCGUUCGCAAGGCCACCCAGGGCAACGCGGGGACGGAAAUUAGGAGCGCGACACAGCCUCUACCACAGAGGCAACCUAGAGGAGGAUUACUACCAGAUAGCGGUGGCACCUCGUGGACGGAAGUCGUGAAGAAAGGGAGAAAGAAGAAAGACAUCAAGUCAGCCUCCAACCCGCACCGGCGCCCGCUGGCCCUAAGCGAGCACCCAAUGCGGGGACGACACCCGAGGCCGGGACGACCGGUAAGGGAAAAGGUAGAAGCGAUACGCGGAGGGAUGCGCCGGUCCGGAACAACGGGAACUUACGAGGAAGGACUGCGGGUAGUCAGGUCCAAGGUGAACUUGGAGGACAUUGGCAUCGAAGAGGUAAGACCCAGAAGGGGACUCACGGGUGCACUGAUCCUCGAAAUCCCCGGGGAGAAUGCGCACGCCAAGGCGGAAACUCUGGUCCAGAAGAUCAGAGAAGUGGUCGGGAACGCGGAGGGUGUAAGGGUUACGCGUCCCGUAAAAAUGGCGGAGCUUCGGAUCAGAGAUUUGGAUGACUCCAUCAAUCAAGAGGAGGUAAGAGGAGCGGUAGAGAGAGCGGGUCUGUGCUCGGGCCAGGAAAUCAAGGUGGGCCCAAUCAGGAGGGCCACCAACGGCCUCGGGACGGUGUGGACCCAGUGCCCACUUGACGCGGCGAAGCGGGUGGCAGAGCUCGGCCGUUUGAGGAUCGGGUGGAUUGCGGCACGGGUGGAACUGCUCGAAGCAAGGCCACUCAUCUGUUACAAGUGCCUCGAGCGUGGUCACGUUCGGGCACAGUGCAGGAAUAAGGAGGACCGCACAAACACCUGUUACAGGUGCGGAGAGGAAGGCCACAAGUCUGCCGGAUGCUCUGCCAAACCGAGAUGUGUGGUGUGCAGGGACAGGGAACUGCCCGAUGCACAUAAGGCAGGAGGAAACGCCUGCCCGCCAAUAUCAAAAAGAGCGAUAAAGAAGAAGAGACAGGAGGAGAAGCGGUCAGCAAUUCGGACGCAGGAACCGCGUCUGCAAAAAGAGGACCUGGCUGCGACGAAUCUAAUAGACCUGUCUAUGGACGUCGACGAAGGCAAGGAGGAGUCCCUGGACUGGGACCACUCGGACACGCCAGUGGAACUCAGGAGGGGAAGCCUUGAACACGGGACGCAGAGAUAG